AUGACCAACCAGGAGUCACUCGAGAGCUACCUGAAUGGGAGUAAGAAGCAGUUAGAUUUCACCUGGGAGGUGAAGGCCAACGACCGAGCCUAUCACACACAGUUCAAGAAGAGAGUUGCCUUCUGCCUGACGAGGAAAAAAUAUGAGGAUAAUGCCAUCAAGACAGCCAAAUACAACGUCCUGACCUUCUUGCCGCUCAACCUCUAUGAGCAGUUCCAUCGGCUGGCCAACCUCUACUUCCUCUUCGUCAUCCUCUUACAGACCGUUCCUGAAAUCUCCACCCUGCCCUGGUUCACCCUGCUUCUGCCCUUGAGCUUCCUCCUCCUCCUCAGAGGCCUACGGGACCUGAUUGACGACAUUGCCCGACACCGGAGCGACUGGAUGAUCAACAGCAGGCCCUGCGAAAUCUUGGUUGGGAAAAGCUUUAGCUGGAAGAAAUGGCGGGACAUCUGUGUCGGCGACAUUGUCUGCCUGCGCAAGGACAGCUUUGUCCCGGCUGACCUGCUCUUGCUGUCCAGCUCGGAGCCCAGCAGCCUAUGUUACGUGGAGACAGCGGAUAUCGACGGGGAAACCAACCUGAAGUUCAGACAGGCCCUUCUGGCCACGCACCAGGAGCUGGUGAGCGAGGCAAGCAUGGCUGCCUUUGACGGGAAAGUGACCUGCGAGGAGCCCAACAGCCGCAUGCACAGCUUCAUCGGCACGCUGGAGUGGAGGGGUGAGAAGUACUCGCUGGACAGUGAGAAGAUCUUGCUGCGAGGCUGCAGGAUACGCAACACCGAGACCUGCUACGGCCUCGUUAUCUACGCGGGAUUGGAUUCCAAAAUUAUGAAAAACUGCGGGAAGAUCAAGAUGAAGAAAACCAAGCUGGACCGCUUGAUGGACAGACUGGUGAUCUUAAUCUUCGUGAUGCUGGUCAUUACCUCACUCUGUCUCGCCUUUGCCGCCGGAUUCUGGGCCGUGAAGUUCCACGCGGAGCACAGCUACCUCUCCGCUUUGUAUGUCGGCACAAGCCCUGCCGAGCAGGCCUUUUUCGCCUUCUGGGGCUUCAUGAUCCUUCUGAGCAUCAUCAUACCGAUGUCCAUGUACAUAACGUUUGAAUUCAUCUACAUGGUGAACAGCUAUUUUAUUGACUGGGACCUGGAGAUGUAUUACCCUGCAAAGGACACUCCAGCAAAAGCCAGGAGCACCAGCCUCAAUGACCAGCUCGGCCAGAUUGAGUACAUCUUCUCGGACAAGACGGGCACCUUAACGCAGAACAUUAUGACCUUCAAGAAAUGUUGCAUCAACGGGAUCAUCUAUGGUACCUCUGAGUGGAAGCAGAAAGCCAGUGUGAGCUGGAACCCCUAUGUGGACAGAACGGCCGAGUUUCACGACCCCGCACUCCUGGAGACCGUCCUGCAGAACGAUGAUCCAGUGACGAGGGAGUUCCUGAGGCUGUUGGCCCUCUGCCACACCGUCAUGGUGGAGGAGAAAGACAGCCAGUUGGUUUACCAGGCGGCUUCGCCGGACGAAGAGGCCCUGGUGACGGCAGCCAGGAACCUCGGGUACGUCUUCCUCUCCCGAACACAGGACACCAUCACCCUCAGCGAGCUGGGCACGGAGCGGACGUACAGCAUGCUGGCCAUGCUGGACUUCAACAGCGUCCGCAAGAGGAUGUCCAUCGUGGUGAGAGACCCCGAGGGGAAGAUCCGGCUCUACACAAAGGGGGCGGACGUGGUGAUCCUAGAGAGGCUGCGUGAAGAUGGGCCUACCAGGGCUUUCACCCAGCUGGCCCUGGAUAGCUUCGCAGAGGAGACCCUGAGGACCUUGUGCCUGGCCAGCAAGGAGGUGAAGGAGGAGGACUAUGCUGAGUGGAGCAAGAAGCACCAUGAGGCCAGCGUCUUGCUGCAGGACCGUGCCGAAGAGCUGGACAAGGUGUACGAGGAGAUCGAGCAGGAUCUCCAGCUCCUCGGAGCCACGGCCAUUGAGGAUAAGUUGCAAGACGGGGUCCCUGAGACCAUCCAGCUGCUAAAAAAGGGGAACAUUAAAGUGUGGGUGCUGACUGGAGAUAAACAAGAGACAGCGGUGAACAUCGGCUUCGCCUGCCGGCUGCUCUCGGACGACAUGCAGAUCCUGGAGGAGAAGGAGAUCUGUGAGAUGCUGGAAGCCUCUUGGGUGAGCACCAACAACCUGGGCAGCAGCGGGGAACGCCUCUGCAGGUUCCAGCAGUGCGCGGGGGUCUCGCGCCAGGGGAAGAUGGCCUUAGUCGUCACCGGGGACUUCCUGGAGAAAGUCCUGGGCACUGGGGAAAAGGUGAAGAGGAAGGAAGGUUUCUGGGCACGGCUGGCCUGCUGCAAGCCUCAGACGCAGCUGGUGGCAGACAGCUCAGUGGAGGAGGCCUUUGUAGACCUGGCCACCAGCUGCCAGGCCGUGAUCUGCUGCAGGGUCACCCCCAAGCAGAAAGCCCUGGUAGUGCAGCUGGUGAAGAGGCACCGGAGCGCCAUCACGCUGGCCAUCGGGGACGGAGCCAACGACGUGAACAUGAUCAAGACGGCUGACAUCGGGGUUGGCAUCAGCGGGCAGGAGGGGAUGCAGGCUGUCCAGUGCAGCGACUACGCCCUGGCCCAGUUCUGCUACCUGCAACGCCUGCUGCUCGUGCACGGCCGCUGGUCCUACCUGCGCAUCUGCAAGUUCCUCCGCUACUUCUUCUACAAGACCUUUGCCGGCAUGAUGGUGCAGAUCUGGUUCGCUUUCUACAGCGGCUUCACGGCCCAGCCUUUGUAUGAGGGCUGGUUCCUUGCGCUCUACAAUGUGUUCUACACCGCCUACCCCGUGCUCUCCAUGGGACUGAUGGAACAGGACGUGAGCGCGGAGAAGAGCUUGCAACUCCCCGAGCUCUACAAAGUGGGCCAGAGAGACGAGCUCUUCAACUACCGGGUCUUCUGCGUGACCCUCCUCCACGGCACCGUCACCUCCUUGGGGAGCUUCUACAUUGCUCUGUGGGCCUUCGAAGACAGGGUCGGCAGCAGGGUUGUUGGCGAUUACCAGUCCUUCGCUGUAACAGUGGCCACCUCGGCCUUCCUGUCUGUCAUUGUUGAGAUCAUCAUGGACAUUAAGUUCUGGACCAUUCUGACCUUCCUGACCGUCUCAUGCAGCUUUCUCUUCUUCUGCCUCUUCUCCUUCCUCACCCAAAAUUUCCCGGCCUUCAGAGAAGCCCCGACCAUCUUCCGCUUUCCAGAUGCCUCCCAGAACGCCCUGACUGAUCCGUACGUCCUGUCCAUCGUCCUGCUGUGCGUGGUGGUGAACACCAUCCCCUCCCUCACCAUCCGCCUGCUCCGCGUUAUCACAGGCACCGGCACCAUUCAGGAUAAGAUUAGCUCCAGGGACGUGCGGGUGGCGGAGAGCACCGUGGAGCUGAAGGCGCACUUCCGCAGGGGCUCCUUGCAGCGGCGCUCCAGCUACGCCUUCUCCCACAAGGAGGGCUACGCCGACCUCAUUACCAGGGGCGCCAGCCUGCGGGUGAAGGACUCCAGGAACCGAGGCCCAGUGAAUGCCGACAGCUACCAGAGCGUCCUGCUGCCGACUAGGGAGGGCGCAGCUUCAAGCCCCAGUGUUUUCCUAAAGGAAUACAAUUAAAGGGAUUUUAUGGUUCACGCUGCUUUUGGACUUGGGAGACUGCUUCCCAGCUGGGUCUGGAGGCUGCGGACCGUGGGUGCUAAUCAGGCACUGAACGAGCUGCCCGGCUCCUUUAAGGGUCAUUUUUUCUAUUUUUUGACUGCCAGAGAAGUACUCCUUUGCCAACCUUUCUGCAGAGCAACAGUGACACCCGGUGGCCACUAGUGUUAUUUGCAGGCGUGCAUUACCUGUGGAUAGUCCCUCUGGAACCCUCAUUGCUGUUUCAGGAUAUGGUUACUGCAUCAUGCCAGCUGCUGUGUCAGGGAGGAGUAAGGGGCUCUGGGCAGGAAGAUAGUGCCCUUAGCAACACUGAUGUAUCAGGCAAGGACCAUUCAUGCUCUGACCAAUUCACUGUGCUCAGACUCUCCUGACUUGACAGGAGUACUCAGAGCGGAAGGAUGGUGGCCUCUUUCUGCCCCAAAGCUCACCUCUCGAGCUCACUAAAACAACCUCUGUGUUGUAAUGAACUAGCUAGUGCUUGUGUGCGCAGCUGCCCUCUCCUGGAUGGACUCGGAAUUGCGCCAGCUGUGGGUCAUAGGCCCUAUACUGUUAACAGGGAUUCUAACUGACCUUAAAAGACCAAGGCCCGUGGCUUUGGAGCAGGAGGAUACGGAUCUUGUAUCUGCUACACCUGUGAAUGUGCAGGCAGCCAGCGCGUGCAGCAGAGUAAGUGGG